CCAGAUUCAAAAUAUCAGUCCCUCAUCACUGAUUACCUGACAAGUCUUGCUGGGCUUUUCAAUCCAGGGUGUGACCACUCAUUUUCUGGAAGGAUCCGCGUCCGCAUUUGUUUCUUGCCGUGGAGCCUUCACGCACAUGACGAUAGGAUGAGCAUCUGAUGCAGCUGCUUCAAUCCUCUCCUCGGGCCCUCUCUGCGGGCGAUCAGUCAUGGCGUCUAUGAGUGGCGUAGCACCGCUGGCAGCAGCAUCAGCACCAGCAUCAGCAUCAGCCUCAGUAACAGCAUCAGCAUCAGCCUCAGUAACAGCAUCAGCAUCAGCAUCAGCGUCAGCAACCUCAACAUCCUCCCUCGCCGUCCGCCCGAAACCUCCGCAUUGCUCUCUCUCCACCACCGCAUCCCGCUCUUUCCCCACCUCAUCCGCCACCGCUGCCACGUCAGCAACGGCAGCCAAAUCGAGCCGUCUGCUGUAUACGCUCCGCCCGUCCUCUCCCCCUAGACAGCGUUCCCCCUCGCGACUCCCCACGGUUGCUGUUCUCUACAGCACAGGGCAUGCCCUGGACGGCUCCCCUCGUCUCCGAUCCGCUACUGCUGCCUCUGGUGCCGGCCGUAGCCUGUUCCUGGGACAGAGGAGCUUGAUCCUGGGUCAGCCUGGGAAAAGGUCACCACCGGCGUUGGACUUUAGAAGGCUCCGCAUUGCAAACGAGGCGGGGCCAGCAGAGGGCACUUCUACAGACGGCAAUGGCACUGCCCUGAGCCCCGCUGCGUCCCCCGAGGACACCAUCCAGGCGCUCAAGGCGUCCCUCGCCGCUGCAGAGGAAGCAGCAGCCACCGCCCUGCAAGCCAAGGAACUCGCUCUAGAAGCAGUAACCGUGGCCGAGGCCAAGGUCGAAUCCAUGUCUGCUCAGAUGGUCCUGACCACCGAAGAGGCGGUUUCCGAGGUGGAAGCAGCUAAGGAGAAGUUCAAAGAGGAGGUGGCGCGGCUGCAGAGGGAGAAGGAGGAGGUGGAGCAGCAGCUGGCCCAGGCGAAGCAGGAGGGGAUCGACCUCGCGAUGAAGGUGGAGCAGAUGGCGGCCCUGGCGGUGCAGGAGCAGACCCAGGCAGUGGCGGAGGAUGCGCGGCUUAAGAUUGCUGCUGCUAAGGCUGAGGCGGCGGACCUGGCGGCGCAGAUGGAGGAGCGGAUCAGGCUUGCGGCGGACGAGGCUGCUGCUGCUGUGAUCGAGGAGGCGAAGGCGACCAUAGAGGACGCGAUAGCCGCGGCGGACAUAGCCAAGGAGCAGGCGAGGUCGGCCGAGGCGGCGCUGCAGGAGCGCCUGGAUGUGCUGGAUCGCCUGGGGCGCGCCGAAGUGGCGCUCAUGCGCUCUGAGGAGCAGCGCACGGCGCUGCAGCUGAAGCUGGAGCAGGCUGAGAGCGAGAAGGAGAACCUCAGGAUGGAGAUUAAGGCUGCCAUAGCGCGCGCCGAGGCGGCUGAGUCGCGCAUAGUGUCGACGCAGGCAGCGGUGGCGGAGAUACAGGCACUGGCAGAGAGGACGGCCAAGGAGAGGGAGGAGGGCACUGAGAGGGCGCUGGAGGCCAUGCAGCUGGCCUCAGAAGGCAGGGAGAAGGCAGCCGCGCUGGCAUACAAGGCGGAGACGGAGAGUCUGCGGGCGGCGGCCAUGGCGGCGCAGAAGGCUGACAAGGUCAAGGACCAGGCUGUGGCCCGGCGCUUCGCCGCGCUGCAGAGGAGCCUGGCUGCUGCGGAGGAGAGCACGAGGAAGUGGAGGGAGCGGUGCCUGGCAGUGGAGGAGCUGUUUGCGCUGGCUAAAUCACGUGGGCUGGACGCUGUCAAGGACGCCUCCCCUGCUGCUGCCCCAGUGCUGACACCUGUGGAGACUGCUGCUCCUGCUGCUGCUGGUGCUGAAGUGGGCGAGGCGGUGGGCCGUGGGCGCAUGGACGUGAUGCUGGGGACGCAGUCGGAAAAGUGGCGCAUUCUGGCCGACGGGCCCAGGAGGGAGCGCCCCGACUGGCUGCAGCGCAAGACGCUCACGACCACCCCGCUGCCAUCCAUGCCGAUCUCUGUGGAGCUCGACAACGUGCAGGCUGCUGUGCCGCUGCAGCUGCCCACUCCGGACGAUGUCUGGUCCAUCUCCCUGCAUAAGGUGGCGGACGACAAGUUCACGAAGGAGGCGGAGGCGCGCGAGGCCGAGGCGAAGGAGAUUGAGGAGAAGAGGAAGGAGCUGGAGCGCGCCCUGCAGCGCAAGGCACCCAAACGGAUCCGAUCACCCGAGGAGCUGGAGGAGAGCAAAGAGUCCGGAACGGGAAGUGGUCGCGAGGUUGUGAUCCAGGCGUUCAACUGGGAGAGCAACAAGCGUGACUGGUACCUGGAGCUCGCCCCCAGGGCUGCUGACCUGGCUGCCUGCGGCAUCACUGCUGUUUGGCUUCCUCCCCCCACUGAAUCGGUGUCGCCUCAAGGGUACAUGCCCGUUGAUCUGUACAACCUCAACUCGUGCUACGGCACCAAGGAGCAGCUGCAGUUCUGCAUCGACGAGCUGCACAACCACGACCUGCUGGUGCUGGGCGACGUGGUGCUGAACCACCGCUGUGCGUCCAAGCAGAGCCCUGAGGGCAUUUGGAACAUCUUUGGGGGCAAGCUGGCGUGGGGGCCGGACGCCAUCGUCAGGGACGACCCCAACUUCCAUGGCCGGGGCAACCCCAGCAGCGGUGACAUCUUCCACGCGGCGCCCAACAUCGACCACUCGCAAGACUUCGUGCGCAAGGACAUCUGCGAGUGGCUGCGCUGGCUGCGCUCCGACAUUGGCUACGAUGGCUGGCGCCUCGACUUCGCACGUGGGUUCUGGGGCGGGUAUGUGAAGGAGUACAUUGAGGCGUCCAGCCCCGCGUUCUGCAUUGGCGAGUACUGGGACAGCCUCAGCUACGAGGGCGGCACCGUCUCCUACAACCAGAACGCCCACCGGCAGCGCAUCAUCAACUGGAUCAACGCCACUGGAGGCACCUCCUCUGCCUUUGACGUCACCACUAAGGGCAUUCUGCACGCGGCGCUGCACAACGAGUACUGGCGGCUGAUCGACCCGCAGGGCAAGCCCCCUGGCGUCAUGGGAUGGUGGCCGUCACGAGCCGUCACCUUCCUGGAGAACCACGACACAGGCUCCACUCAGGGUCACUGGCCCUUCCCACGUGAGAAGCUCCUGCAGGGAUAUGCCUACAUCCUCUCCCAUCCGGGCACGCCUGUGGUAUUCUACGAUCACAUGUACGAGUUUGGCAUCCACGACCAGAUCGCCGAGCUGAUUGCCGCCCGGAAGCACGCGGGCGUGCACUGCAGAUCUCCAGUGAAGAUCUUCCACGCGGUGGCGCAGGGGUAUGCGGCGCAGGUGGGGGACAACCUGGUGGUCAAGCUGGGGCACUUCGACUGGAACCCGUCCCGGCAGAAUGACCUGAUGGGGCGGUGGGAGAAGCUGGUGGAUAAGGGUAAUGAUUACAUCCUCUGGGAGAAAACGUCUUCAUGAGCCCUGUCUUGGGAGCUUGUGUUGUGAGAUGCUUCAGAACUUGACUGGAGAGGCUUGAAGGAUGGUGUUUUGAAGGUGCAGGGUUGGGGAUGGACAACUUUUCUCACAGGAAAAUAUCGACCAUCUGUAGUCAGUGGCGGACAUCUGCCACACGUUAACAUAGAGCAUGAUUAUUCUGGUGGCCACGCAAGGAUUUGGGGAUAUGUUAUGUCUAUGCUACUUGAGUCACUUGGAUACAUUUUACGUUCAUUGAACAAUGGAGUU